AAAUGCUUGGGGAAAUCAGCUGAGAGCUCGCACUUUCACUAGGGGACAUCCAGGUUCGGUGGGCUCUCCUGCGAAGAUUUUCAUCAUGUCUGAAUCAAGUAAAGUUGAUGCAAAUAUGCUGGCACAAAACAUAAGUUCAAACAUCCAGAGAAUAACACUGCUAACCAAUGAAAUCCAGCAAAUGAUAUAUCAUCUCGGAACAGAACGAGAUACAAAUGAACUGCGGCAGAGAUUACUGCAGAAACAGCAGAAUGUCAAUCAUCUUGCAAAAGCAACAGAUAAAUGCAUGAAGGAGUUUAGCUCUUUACCUGUGACCACAGAACAGCGUCAGAGGAAAAUCCAGCGAGAACGUCUCAUCACAGAGUUCUCAAACGCUCUGGGUGUCUUCCAGAAGACUCAGCGAGCAGCAGCAAAGACAGAGAAAGAGUUUGUGGCGCGCGUCCGUGCGAGCUCAAGAGUUUCAGCUGGCGGCACGGAGGAUCCAUGUGGAGGAACCGCUUCCCCCUUUGGCAGUGAGAUUCAAACUCAGGGCUUAGUGGAGAUCACAGAAGAAGAUCUUCAGCUCAUUCAGGAAAGAGAAUCAUCCAUCAAACAACUGGAGUCGGACAUUACAGACAUUAAUACAAUAUUUAAAGACUUGGCCGUGCUGGUGCAUGAACAAGGAGACAUGAUUGACAGUAUAGAGGCCAAUGUAGAAAACGCAGAUGUCAACGUGCAGUCAGCCACACAGCAGCUGUCCAGAGCAGCGGACUACCAGAAAUCAUCCCGCAAGAAGAUUUGCGUCUUGAUCGGUGUUGCAAUCGUGGUUGCCAUCAUUAUUGGUUUGAUUAUCUGGGCUUCCAUCAAAUCUUGAGAACUCCAACUAACAUCUCACUGAAUCUCCACUUGAAAGAGUACUGGAGGUUUUCUACCAAGUAAAGCCAAGAUUUGUUUUCUAACUGUUGUUACAAGAAUGUUCCGGGUACAAUACAAGAUAAUCUGUAGCAUGCCAUCCGGUAUUUUAGAAAAUGACUUUUUGUAAAGUUAUGGCACCGAAUGAGCGCCCCCAUUUCCAGAUAUCUAAGAAGUGUCUGAUAUUAAGAAUUUUUUUUAAAUGCCAAGAGAACAUUUGUCCAAAUUCUGAGGAUGAUAAAAUGUAACAAAUUUAGUUUAUUAAGUUUUGGUUAAUCUAUGUUUUAAUGAGUUCCACUAUAAAAUGUGGGGGAAAAAAGUGAGCCUAAACUUUUAAACAGUACUGUAUCAUUUGAGUAUUCUGUCAGCAUAACAACUAUAUUCUUGUAAUGUCUGUCGGUAAAGAAUGAUUCUUAUAAAACUAUAUUACAAAAAAAUAUGGUUACAAAGUGCCACAGAUGCUGUUGAGAUCUAUCUUGUAUUUGACCUGGAACAUUCGUUUGAAUUUGUCAUAUUUCAGUUACUGUAAACAUAUUACUCGCAUAUUAUUCCUGACAGUAAAAUGGAUUAAAUCAGAUAGUAGGUUGAAAAUGAUUUUUAACAGUAUAAUGUUGCUGCUAUAACGGUGUGUAAGAACGCACACGUUUCAAACUGCUUGAAUAAGAGCAGCUCUCAGACACAGAUGAUAAAGUUUUGAUGAUGUAUUAUUUUAAAACAGAAAAUAGUAACAUUAAAAAACGAGAAGUAAUGCCUGGGUUGUGUAGUUUUAGCUAGAUUUAGGUACAAUAUGUAAAUAUUUAUAUAUAUUGCACUAUAUUUCUACAAAUUUAACACUUUAACUAAUGAAAAUAAACAAAGCAACAGGCAAUGUCUUGAAUGUAUUUUUUAAUAUCUCUAAUUUAAUUUUAAAAUGUGAUCGUGCUACAUGAAACUAUCCUAUAAAGCAAAGCAAACUUUCACAUGGCCGUGAGAAUAUAAAGCUACAGCUGAGAAUGUUUAGAUGAAAUCAUAAUUCUGUAAGGGUCAGUCUUUGUGCUGGUAUUUUAAAAUGUUGUGUGCUUAAUUUAAUACUGUAAUUAUAGGUUAUCUAUUAAAUUGUACCUAUAUUAGACAUUUUAGUGCCAUUAACUGAGUCUGUUCAUAUUUUUGAUAAUACUCAGUUUGUCAUCCUUCAUAUGUCAUGUGUAUAUCAUACUUGAUAUGCUGUUGCCAAAGAACAUGGUUAAUAACUUUUUAUUAGAGAUGUUAACCGCUAGAUGGAGACAUACUCAUAUAUACUGGAGCAAUGAACGUGCGUUAUUUUAUUUGUGAUGUUCCUUAAAAUCUGUAACUUCAUUGAACCAAAGUUUUGUGAAUAAUCCAUAAAAAUCUUUUCCACAUUAAAUUUAGAACUACUGUGAGGAGGAAUAAAGACAAAUGUGUUGUUUAUUUGGUUCAU